AUGGCCCAGAAUCGCUUGAAUAGUGGCAAGGCGAGUGCGCUGGCAGGGCGGCAAAUGCGUCUUGACGUCGGUAUUCCCCCCGAUAAACCAGAUGAUGGCAAUCUCGAAUCUCGAAAUAGAGACAAUGCCUGUCGUACCUGGAUCAGUCUUAGAUCUUGCUGCACGACCGGCAUGCUUUGGGAACCUGUUCCCAUAAAGUGGCUCCUCAAGAGGCAUCCCAUAUGCAAGAUGCAAGCUCCGCCACAGGCCACAGGCCACAGCAAAAAACCGCAUACCGCCACAGGUUCCUGGUCGCAUUUUGAGGUUCUUGAGGCUGGAGAAGCAGAGAAGCAGAGAAGCUUCACUGACGUGGCAGAAGGCUCGUGGCUGGCCACUCCGGCAGACGUCAAGCCUCGCCAGGCUAUGAUCCUUGUCGGUGUGGCUUGUUAG